AUGAUCAAAUUCUCCUUCGUAUGCUUGCUUUCGACAUUUUCGAUUGUUUGGUCGCAGGACAAUGUAACACCCUGGCCUCUUACCACACCUUUCUCUUUAGCAACAACGGAUAUUGUCGAUGCUUCUGGAGCAACUUUUCUUUCGAGUGAAACCAAUUCAUCUGAUGGAUUUUUGAAUGCUCAAGGAAAAAUAAGAUUGAGAAUCGGACAUAUCGGUGCAUUGAACGCCUUAAGAAACGAUGUGAAGAUUUUGGAAAUUUCUCAUAAAUCUCUACGAGAAGAAGGUAUUCUGGACGAUGAUUUUGAUCUUGAAAUUGUUUCUCAAAACGGAUGUGGUGAGUCUUAUGAAGGGGUGGCCGUUGCUGCUGACAUGUAUCAUUUGCAAAAAGUCAAAGCAUUAAUUGGUCCUUAUUGCAACGCAGAAAUGGAUGCUGUUGCUAGAAUGGCAGCUUUUUGGAACUUACCAAUUAUUGGAUAUAUGGCAUCAUCCAACGCCUUAGCGGAUAAGAAGGCCUAUCCGACAUUAGCUCGAAUUUCGAUGAGAUCAACAAAUUCGAUUGCUGAAGCAACAACAGCUCUACUGAAGCAUUACGGCUGGAAUAAAGUUGCAAUAGUAACUAAUACAGGAACAUUAGCUUAUGAUCGAACUCUGGCAUUCGAAGAGGUUUUCCAUGCUCGUCAAAUAACAGUUCUCAAAAAGAUUAUGUUUGAUGAAUUUGCGGAUGCGAAGUCAAUGGUUAACUCAGGGUUGUUGAAUGAAGUUAAAAGCACAGCAAGAAUAGUCAUUUGCCUCUUUUCUAACACGAGAGAAUCAACCAGAGAGUUCCUCACAGCUGCGAACAUGCAAGGAAUGCAAGUCAAUGAGUAUGCUUACAUCUUGCCGUGGUUACAAGAUGGAUUGAAAGAUGUGACUCCUUGGAUUGGUACAGAAGGAGAGAUGCUACAGAAAGUAAAAGAUCAAUAUGCUAACGCAAUUAUUAUUGAUGACGUCAAUAGUUUUGAUAACAGUAUUACCACUCCUUUUCUGGAAAAGAUCAAAGAUUCUGGGUUAGGUCCGAAGGAUGUUGAUAUGGGCAACAUAUAUGGCUAUUUGUAUCUGUUUGAUGCUUUAAAACUAUUCUCUCUGACAGCUCGCAAAGUAUUGAACGAAACAGGAAAAUCGGAAAGCCUUUUAAAUGGAAGAUUGGUUUGGAAUAAUAUGCGAAGAAUGAAAUUUCAAGGAAUGUUGGGCAGCUCCGGCAUAGCCUCUGGUAUAGUCAGUAUGGAUGAUCGUGCUGAAAGAGCUCCUCUUUAUAGAGGAUUCUUUGUCACACCUGGAGCAGAUCAGGUAAUGUCUAUGGUCCAUAUGGAACCAACAAUGAUCGAAAAGUGUGAUGGUGUAGAGAAUAAGACAGGCUGUUAUGACAUAAUUGUUACUGAUCUAAUGAGAGACUUUUGGCCAUCAGUAGACAGACGAAUGCCACGUGAUGAGCCAGACUGUGGUUUCCGAAAUGAAAAAUGUGAUUAUACUCUGCCGAUAGUUGGUGGAGCUCUAGUUGUGGUGGCUCUGGGGCUGGCUCUAGGAGCAUUUAUUGCUCAUAGACUGAUGGAGAAGAGAGCUUUGAACAAGUUACCUUUCCGUAUAUAUCGUGAUGAUCUGCAGCUUAUUGAUGAAGAGCAGUUGAAGAGUAUGCUAUCGUUAGGAAGUACAAGAACUAAACUCAGUAAUAUGAACUAUGGAACACGCAAUCAUGCAAUCGUUGGAACAAACACUCAUGCAGUAUAUCACAAGUACCCCCAACGGCGUCCGAUCAAAUUUGCCCGACAGGAUAUGCAACUGCUAUCUCUGAUGAAACAAGCCAUCCAUGAUAACAUCAACCCAUUCUUGGGCAUAUCAUUCAAUGAGAAAGAAGAAGUUCUGUUAGCUUGGAAGUUCUGCUCUCGGGGAACAUUACAAGAUAUCAUUUACAAUGAUAAUAUUGCGUUAGACAGCAAGUUCCACGGAGCAUUCAUUAAGGAUAUUCUCAGUGGUUUGGAAUAUCUUCAUGCAUCAGCCAUUGGAUACCAUGGGUCUCUUACCCCAUGGGCUUGUCUCAUUGACAGAAACUGGAUGGUCAAGCUGACUGAUUACGGUAUUGCUGAUCCUCUUGAACGUUGGGAGAAACAGCAAGCUAUUUCUCGUGAUGCUUUGACAGGAGAUGAUGAUAAGUCACAGGCAACACAAUCCACGAGUCAAAUAUACGAAGCUCCUGAAAUGCUCAAGAAUCGUGAGAAAAAUCGUGGUCGUCGUGUUGAUCAGGAAUGGCUGAAACAGACUAUGACCCGGAAAGCAAUGGGAGAUAUAUAUGCUUUUGGAAUAAUCAUGUAUGAAAUCAUAUUCCGAGCUUUACCGUUCCCAGAAGCAACCGAUAUAGGGCAACUUGUCGAACAAAUAAAAGAUGGUUCACGAGUAGUCCGACCAACCAUAAUGGAUAAUAAGAUCAUCAACAUGGAUUUGACUAACUUGAUUACUGACUGUUGGAAUAGCACACCUGAAAUGAGACCAUCGCUUCGUCGAAUUAAGUUGAACGUGGAAAGCUAUUUGAAAGUUAAAGGCUCCUUAGUAGAUCAGAUGAUGCGAAUGAUGGAGCAAUACGCUAAUAACUUGGAGAAAUUAGUUCAGGAAAGAACUGGUAUGUUGGAAGAGGCUAAUGUACGAGCAGAUCGCCUCUUGAGUCAACUAUUGCCAUCAUUCGUUGCAAAUGAACUCAAAAAUGGACGGCCGGUUCCUCCUAAAAUGCACAGAUCAGCCACAAUUCUUUUCAGUGAUAUUGUCGGCUUUGCCGAUUUGUGCAGAGAUGCCACACCAAUGGAAGUUGUCAAUGUACUCAAUGGUGUUUUCGAUGGAUUCGAUCAGUUCAUUGCUAGAAGACAAGCUUACAAGGCUAGAUUGUAUAGCUUCUGUGUUUGA